UAUGGGCUGCCUCGCUCGCAAUAUGUAUUUCAAUGAUAUCAGCCGGAACUUUGAAUAAUACAAUGGACCAGUCAUCUGGAAAUAAGUUAAAUUGUACGACUCGAGGAUGUGUAAUGGAUAAUUUGGAAUUCGAAUUCAAUUUAAUGUCUAAUAUAAAUAUGAGCGUCGAUCCCUGCGAUAAUUUUUAUGAAUUCGCUUGCGGUAAUUUUGAUAACUUUCCCGAUGAUGCACAAUUUGUUCGCCAAUACUUUGAUGUCCCAUCGAGCGCCAUGUAUGAUAAAAUUUACGAUUCAGUACAAAAAAGCGAACCAAUGGAUUCUCCGAGGCAAUUUCAUUUCCUGAGAGACUACAUGAUUUCUUGUGGAAAAGUGAACUCUAAUAACAACGAUAAGUAUCUUGGUAUCAAAGCAGACAAACUGGAUGAUUUAACAGAAGUAAUAUCGAAAUUAGGCGAGUGGCCCGUUAUCAAAGGCUCUAAAUGGAACGACACUAAUUUUAAUUGGAUGAGUUUUAAUAACAAAGCAGGAAAUCUUGGCGCCGCUAAAAACUUAUUCCUUCAUUUAUAUAUUGAACUACAACACGGAAGUAAGAAAUAUUUUUUGUAUCCACAAGAAUUUGAAUUUUCGUAUGAAAAUAUAAAGAAUCUCCAGAAUAAUAUCACAAUCAAUGCUUAUUAUAAGUAUAUGGUCGAUGUUGCUAAACUUCUUGGUGCGAAUGAAACACAAGCAAAAAUAGAACUCAUGGAAUCAUUUCAAUUUGAACUCAAACUUAUCAAUAUGAGCAAUAACAACGAUAUAGCAUUAAAUCAUGUAGAUAACGCCAGCAAAAUGUCGCUGAAAGAAAUAAAAGAAAAGUGGCCAGGUAUUGAAUGGGAUAAACUGAUCACUGUGACAACUGAAUCGCAAAAAAAAUUUUACUACCCAAAUGAAACGAUGAUUUCCAUAGAAAUUCAUUAUUAUAUAACAGAACUGGAAAAAUUAAUGAAAGAAACUCCAAAAAGAGUCCAAGCCAAUUACGCUGUAUGGAAGACAAUUCGAUCUAUGAUUCCAAUGGUUGAAUCCGUUACUCUUUCUAAACUUUACGUAGCUUAUUCAAAAAUAAGGAACCCAUCUGCAGUCUUUGACGACAUCGACUGCUUCGAUAAUCUUAAAAUUAAGUUACCAGAACUUAUGUACUCUUACUAUGUACAUCACUUCUCAAUCGACAAACGGGCCAAAACUCAUGCAGAUCAAUUAACUUCCGACAUAAAAAAAAAAUUUUUAGAUAUUUUGAGUAAUACGUAUAAAUCGGAUAUUAAAACUAAAGAUAAACUAACUGCGGAAAUAAAUUCUUUAAGGUUUAUCAUCGGAUAUCUCGACGAAGUCUUUGAUGAUAAAAUAUUGGACGGAUAUUAUCAAGGCCUUGAAAUAACUUUUGACAGUUUUUUAACGAAUAACUUGAACGUGAAUUCAUUCAAUCGAAAAAAAUUUAGAGAAGUUUUGGAGAAGCCAAUAAAUUUGAUUAAUUGGAUGACUAUUUUCAAACUAUCUAACCCGUUUGAAAUCGGUGGUAUCAACUUGCAUGUAUUGAAUACUAUUGUUAUAGGUCUCGAAAGAUUGAGAACUUUGUUCUUCAGUAUUAAUCGUCCAGAUCACAUUAAUUUGGCCACGCUUGGAGUCACCAUUGGGCAUGAAUUAGGGCAUACCAUACACGUUUCUUACGAUGGUAUUGAUGAGUUCGGAAUUAAAGACAACGGAUGGAGUGUAUUGGCAGAUGAACAAUUUCAGCAAACAGAAAAGUGCUUAAUAGAACAAUUCUCGAAUUAUUCUAUCGAAACAACUGGAGAAAAUCUAGACGGUUCAAUCUAUUUGAAAGAAAAUAUUGCUGACAACAUUGGUAUACAAGUUGCUUAUUCGGUCUACCUAGAUUGGGUCAAAAAGUAUGGACCCGAAGCAACUUUUUCUAAUUUGCCUUAUAAUUCGAAUCAGUUGUUUUGGCUGUCAUAUGCAACUCGAUGGUGCGAACCUAAGCCAUUUUUGCAGCAAAUAGAUUUGACCGAGGAGCAUCCUCCACUCGAUAAACGUGUUAAUGGAGCGUUUUCAAACAGCCCAGAAUUUUCAAAAGAUUUCAAUUGUCCCUUGGGCUCUAACAUGAAUCCUAUUAAAAAAUGUAGAGUAUUUUGAUAGAAAUAUUUCAUUCUUUCUUGCAAUCGGGGUCAAACCAAAAAUUUCCCGGAUUUUUCGAUUCCGCUAUUAUUGGUUAACUUAUGAGCUCUUUGAGCUGAAUA